UAUGCUCAACUUAAAUCAACAAUCCUAAUUUAUAUAAUGAUAAUCAAGGGUGUAGAUUUUGUUUUUUUAGUCGUCACAAUUUUAUUGUAACCAUUGCAAAACUGUCCAGAAAUAAAAUAUACUUUUUUAUACGUUUUUUAAAAUUACUUUCGGAAAAUAUAACUAUAUAAUCUCCUUAUACAAGUUGAUAGAAAAAACGUAUAUCUUCCCAUCUUCCGUAAUAGCCAUCAAUUACAUACACCAAAAAAAAAAAAAAAAAAAAAUGGCUCCUAUCCUCCCAAAGAUUAAGCUCACACUUUUUUUGGUCAUUUUAUCCUUUCUUAUUAUUACCGUUAAUGCUCAACUUACUUACAUACACCAAUACUGUUAUGAUAGUUUUGGUCGUUAUAGCCUUUUAAGCGACUAUGAAACCAACGUUGAAACAGCAAUUGACGAACUCGCAUCAAGGGCAUCAACCACCUACUACGGCAAGUACGCCACUGGCCUUGGCGAAGACCGGGUUAUCGCCGUUUUUUCAUGUCGCUACGACAUAACCAAUGAAGAUUGCCAAGAUUGUGUUGCUAGUACCGCAAAUAAUGUUUCAAGGUGCUUCAGCGAUGUAGAAGGCCUUAUUGUGUACGAGGAAUGUACUUUACAUUACUCCAAUCGCUCCAUUUCCGGAAUUAUGGAAGAUAAUCCUCAGAUAAUUUCUUACAGUACAGGACUUGAUGAAGAUUUCAGGUUUAAUCAACUUUUGGACAAUACUGUCACUGAUCUAAUCAAAGAUGUUACCUCUGAAUUUGCUGUUUCCUCUCGCUAUUUCGCCACGACCACGGCAGAAUACUCGUCUAGUGAAACCAUCUACGCGCUUGCACAAUGUAAUCCGGAUAUUAGCUCUAUAAAUUGUAGAUUGUGCUUGCGAACAAUUUAUGAUGAUUUCAUGAGCAACUAUACAGGUACAAAUUAUGGGCAGAUCUUUACACGAAGCUGUAGGUUGAGUUACAUAUUGUCUAGUGAGGAGCUAAGUGAACCUUGGAUGUUUGCACAAACUUUUGAUGAGCGCAACCGUUACCGCACACCCAGAUAUAGUCCUCGAUAUUUCGCAUCAUCAGGAACACGAGGAAGUUCAAUUAUUGGAGUAAUUAUGAUAACAAGUCUUUCUUGUGUGGCCUUGUUUUUGAAGCUUCUCUGAUCUAGUACCAAGGCGAAGGAGUGUGUCAAUUCCGGUGAUUAUGUCGGAUUUUGUUAAGUCGAAUUGGAUCGGGUUGGUUAGUGUCCGGUCUAGAUAAAUAUGAAUCACAAUUUGCAUUGUGUACUUAAUUCAAUUGGUAGGUAUGCAUAAAGCAUAUGCUUAGCCUUUUGGAUGUCCCUGAUGUUGUAUGCGUGUUUGGCUACUUAACUACUACCUCUAUCCCUAUUUUUUUCGCCCCAUUAUAAUUAAAUGGGUCAAACAUAAAAAACU